UGUGUGAAUGCAAAAGACUCUGGCUCUUCAUAAACAUCAAUGUGGAGACCGUGAAAGGUCAAUCAUUCCUAUCUUGUCGACAAAGAAAAAUUGAGAGAUCAAUGUUCGCUGGCGAGGACGCCCGAGCGGCUCGCCUGGCCAUGGUGGCGCCGCCGCAGCCGCAGAUGUUGAACCCGGCGACAUCGUCGGUGAUUUCCGGCGAGAUAUCGCCGACGACGGCAGGGAGAGAGGAGAGGGUUCCGGCACAGCCGCAGUGGAGCCAGCAGGAGACGAGAGAGUUCAUAGCGAUACGCGCGGAGCUUGAGAGGGACUUCACUGCAUCGAAGCGGAACAAGACGCUUUGGGAGGUUGUGAGCUCCAAGAUGAGGGAGAGAGGCUUCAGGAGGAGCCCCGAACAGUGCAAAUGCAAGUGGAAGAACCUCGUUAAUCGCUAUAAGGGAAAAGAGACAUCUGAUCCAGAGCAUAGUAGGCAAUGUCCAUUUUUCGAAGAAUUGCAUGCAGUAUUUACUGAAAGAGCACGAAAUAUGCAACGACUGCUUCUUGAAUCUGAGGCUCGUUCAGCUCAAACAAAGAAAGGGGUGAAAAGGUCAAGUGGAGAACGGUCCUCGGAAGAGUACUCUGAAGAUGACGAGGAGGUAGAAGAUGACAGUGAAGAGGAGAAGCCUUCUAGAAGCAAUGCUCGUAAAAGGAAAGUUGACAAAACUGAUAAGUCUUCAAAGGCAAACAAUCCAUCAAAUACUUUCAGUAACACAAUGGAGAAACUUGAAAGGGAGAGAUUAAUGAUUGAACAGACAUGGAGGGAGCGGGAAGAACAGAGGAGAAUGAGGGAAGAGAGCCGGGCAGAGAGGAGGGAUGCUUUGUUGACAACUCUUUUGAACAAACUCAUACAUGAAUCUAACUAAAUGUGGUAACUGACUUGAACAGUUAGUUUCAGUUAAUUAUUUGAUGCUUUCAUUAAUUAUAUGUUUAGCCAAGGUUAAGCCAACUUUGAUAGUGGCUUUUGGUUACAAUAGAGAAUCUUGGAAAGGAAAAAUUGAAUGGGUAUAGCGGAUAUAUUGAAUAUUAUAGGAGUAUAUGAACUGAAAAUUGAUACAAACAGAUUGUGUAUGGACUAUGGACAGUUGCUGUAACUAAGUCAAGGUGCGGAUUAUAGCUGUUUGUAUGAUUUUUGGUAUAUUCAUUAAUUAAGAAAAGAAAAAAGGAAAGAAAUCUUCUU